AUGAAGAGGCAUCUUUCGAUGCUUCGGAUACCACCGCUGCUGUUACUGGUCACCCUGUUUCUUUGUUCGUUAUUGACGUUAGCUCCCGCCGCAACUGCCGCGACCGUGUCGGAACCGGUGACCAAAGUACACAAAGCCGGUGUUUGUGCACUGCGCGGUCAGUGCGGUAAGAAAUCGUUCUUUGGUGGGCAAUUGCCAUGCCCAGAUAACGGGCCAGCUGAGGAACCGGAAGCAUCUGUUAGAAAACAGCUAGUUGAUAUCUGUGGAGCUACUUGGAACGAGGGACCAGUGUGUUGUGACGGAGAUCAGCUUGAAAAUCUCGCCUCCAACCUCAAAAAAGCCGAAAACCUCAUAGCAGCUUGUCCCGCUUGCAAGGCUAAUUUCUUCGACCUUUUUUGCACAUUCACUUGCUCUCCUGACCAAUCUUUGUUUUUGAAUGUCACAUCCACUCAAGAACUCAGAGGCGGAAAGACAAUCGUCACAGAGUUGGAUUAUUUUGUGUCAGAGAAAUUUGGAAGUGGAUUCUUCGAUUCAUGCAAAGAUGUCAAGUUUUCUGCAACCAACGGUUAUGUCAUGGACCUCAUCGGUGGCGGUGCGAAGGACUACAAAGCUUUCUUGACAUUCCUUGGGGAUGAAAAGCCGUUCGGAUCGCCGUUCCAAAUGAACUUUCCUGCUGGCGAUGAAAUGAACGCGCCUAUGGAGCAGAUGGAUAACUCUCCCAAGCGGUGCAAUGAUACAGAUGUAUCGUACCGAUGUUCGUGCGUGGAUUGUCCUUCUGUUUGCCCCGAGCUUCCGGAAGUUCAAACAGGGAAAGAUUGUAAGGUUGGGAUUAUUCCAUGUCUCAGCUUUGCGGUUAUCACCAUAUAUUCUUUAUUACUGUUGAUCAUAGUCGGUGGAUAUUCAGCACAUUCGGCUUGGAAGGUACACCGUGAUAGAAGGGCCGAAAGAUUGAGAUUGUUGCAAGAGAGUGCUCCAAGCGAUGACGAAGAUGAAGGUGAUGUCGUUGAUGCAGGCAUGAUCGAAAGAUCUAGAGGGGAGUACCUCCUCAAUACCUACAUCGAUAAAUUUUUCUCGAGACUUGGGGAAACUUGUGCAUCUUUCCCUACAGUGACGAUAGUGAUCAGUGUUCUAUGUGUCGGUCUACUGAGCUUGGGCUGGCUGAACUUUUCAGUCGAGAAUGAUCCUGUGAGACUAUGGGUUAGCCCUACCUCUGAGGCUGCUAUGGAGAAACAGUUCUUUGACGACAACUUUGGGCCUUUUUAUCGAGCUCAGCAGGCAUUUUUGGUUAACGACACCACUGAUGCUGGACCGUCACCAACUCUCGAUUACGAUGUGUUAGGUUGGUGGUUUGACGUGGAGAACCGUAUCCGGCGGAUGAAGAGUCUGGCCUACGGUGUUACUCUGGACGACGUUUGUUUUAAACCUACCGACUCCGGAUGUGUUGUUCAAUCUAUCACAGGUUAUUUUGGGAACGACUUUUGGAAUCUCAAAGAAGCGACUUGGAAAAAAGAUCUGAGAUCGUGUACAGCACAACCCGUUCAAAGUCAAUGUUUGCCAGAUUUUGGCCAGCCUUUGAAUAAAGAAUUGUUGUUGGGUGGCUGGGAAAAGAGUGGGGAUGUUGCAGAAGCGAAAGCAAUGAUUGUGACUUGGGUUUUGGAGAAUCAUCCGGAGGGAUCCGAGGAGCUUGAAAGAAGCAUGGAUUGGGAAAGGAGCUUAAAAAGCACUUUGAUUGCAGUACAGUCUGAAGCAAAAGAAAGGGGCCUGCGGUUGAGCUUUUCAACAGAAAUCAGUUUGGAAGAAGAACUCAACAAAAGUACCAAUACCGAUGCAAAGAUUGUCGUAAUCAGUUAUAUUGCAAUGUUUAUCUACGCGAGUUUUGCUUUGGGUAGCACCGGUUUUGCAAUUACUCGUAUUUUCAAUCAACCCAGCAAAAUUCUAAUCGAGAGCAAGUUCACUCUUGGGAUUUUCGGCAUAAUUAUCGUCCUGAUGAGUGUUUCUGCCAGUGUGGGAUUGUUCUCUGCAAUGGGUGUUAAGGUAACGCUUAUCAUCGCAGAAGUUAUUCCAUUCCUUGUGCUGGCAGUUGGUGUGGACAAUAUCUUUCUAAUCGUCCACGAAUUCGAACGAGUCAAUCAUUCACAUCUCGGCGAAUCUGUAGAGGUUCGGGUGGGGAAAGCAAUGGGGCGAAUGGGGCCUAGUAUUCUUUUAUCUGCAUCGAGCGAGACAAUUGCCUUUGCUCUUGGAGCCAUCGUAACGAUGCCGGCAGUAAGAAAUUUCGCGAUAUAUGCUGCAGGUGCGGUAUUCAUAAAUGCCGUACUGCAAGUGACGAUGUUUGUAGCGGUCCUAGCCCUCAAUCAGGAGAGAGUCGAAGAUUCAAGGAUGGAUUGUUUUCCUUGUUUCAAGGUCCCCGGAGAAAACAGAGACAAUGGGCAUCCCAAUGGGUUGACAACGAGGGAUAUCAGGAUGUCAGCCUACCCCGUGGAUGAGAGCAUUCUGCAAGGCUUUAUUCGAAAAAAAUAUGCCCCAGGCUUAUUGCAAAGGAAGGCAAAGUGGGGUGUCAUGAUGUUGUUUUUUGGGUUAUUUACCGCAAGCUUGGCACUCCUCCCCAAGAUAGAGCUUGGCCUUGAUCAAAGAAUUGCUAUACCAACUGAUUCAUAUCUUAUUGGCUAUUUCAACGACCUUUAUGAUUACCUUGGUGUUGGUCCACCGGUCUACUUUGUCACUCAAGAGUACAACAUUACGCAAGCCCACGAGCAGCAGGCCCUAUGCGGACGUUUUUCCACAUGUGAUACUUACUCGCUCUCGAACGUUCUCGAACAAGAACGCAAACGCCCAGAAACCUCAUACAUUGCUGAGCCCGCUGCGAGCUGGAUUGAUGACUAUUUUCUUUGGCUCAAUCCGUCUCUCGAGAAAUGUUGCAGGGUGAAAAAGAGAGACCCUUCGCAACUUUGCGGAGAGUUUGAUAACGACCGACAAUGCAAAAUUUGUUUUGAGGAUAGGGACCCGGCCUGGAAUAUCACCCUCUCUGGGAUGCCACAAGGCCAGGAAUUCCUAGAUUAUCUCAACGUUUGGAUCAAAGCACCGACUGGAGAGGAUUGUCCUUUGGCUGGAAAGGCAGCUUAUUCUCAUGCUAUUGUCCCUGAUUAUGAAAGGACCACCAUCAAUGCAACUCAUUUUAGGACAUCGCACACCCCCUUGAGAAGUCAACAGGACUUUAUUGACGCCUAUGCAUCCGCCCGGAGAAUCGCAGAUACUAUCUCGAAAAAUGCCGGAAUUAAAGUCUUUCCUUAUUCGAAAUUUUACAUAUUUUUUGACCAGUACUCGACCAUAGUCAAUUUGACUGGCGGCUUACUUCUGGCAGCUUUGGGCUGCAUAUUCCUGGUUUCUACGAUACUUCUGGGAAGCAUAAAGACGGGGUUUGUGGUUAGUGCGACUGUGCUCAUGAUUGUCGUGGACAUUCUAGGUGUCAUGGCUGUCUGGGGAGUCAGUUUGAACGCGGUUAGCUUGGUAAACUUGGUUAUUUGUGUUGGGAUUGGUGUCGAGUUUUGUUCACACGUCGCCAGGGCUUUCAUGUUCCCUAGCAGGAGUGUGGUGGAUAGAGCAAAGGCGAAAUUUAGAGGUAGAGAUGCAAGAGCUUUGGGUGCUUUGGUCAAUGUCGGCGGUUCCGUAUUCUCUGGCAUUACUGUUACAAAGCUCAUCGGGGUCUGCGUUCUUGCUUUCACACGCUCAAAGAUCUUUGAGAUAUACUAUUUCCGCAUGUGGCUUGCACUCGUUGUUAUCGGGGCAACUCAUGCAUUGAUAUUUCUACCAGUCGCCUUAAGCUUCUUUGGAGGCGAAGGCUAUCUCCCAGAUGAUGGCCCUGGAGGUCUGGAGGAGGAUCUCAGAAGCAGAACCUAUCGAAAUUUGGUUCCAGCAGAAUACGACUCCAGCUCUGAAGAGGAGUAA